AUGGAUCGGUUCCCCCUUCUUGAUCCAAGGUUCGAUGAGCACCACCGGGCUCGAAGGAUCGAGAACGGAGAGGUUUUGAAUGUGCUGAGGCCAAUGACACAUGAGGCCUCUAUGACCAUGGUCUACGACGAGAGAUUUGGAUGUGGGAGAGGCUUCCAGUUGGGAGACCGCAUCAGCUCGAUCCCCCACAACCUUGGUUUCCUCAAGGAGACGUUCAGCAGACAAAAAAAGAAGAUCACCAACUGGCAGCUGGAGCACCAGUGCUACAUUGAUGAGUGGAUGUUGAUGGAGCAGAACAACAUGGGCAUCCACGCCGUCCAUUGUGACAAGGCAUACGAUGAUUACCUUGUUUGGCUUGGUCAACGAACAAGGCUUCAAUUGAGGCCCGCUUGGACGGAACAAGACAUUGCUGACAUUGCGAGCGAGGAUGAGGGCAACAACCCAUAUGACCAAGCUACCCAAGAAGGCAGGCAAGUUGAGAUCGCCCCUGCGUUAGCCAGAGCUAUAAGUGAUAUAACUAUUUUCAUCUCUGAGGGAGAAGAUGAUGAAGGACAGGGAGAGUACUAUGAGCAUGAGUAUGAUGAGAUUGGCAUGUCUCAGCUUGAAGAUGCACCCCAAGGAACUCAAGUCCCCUCUGAUUCUGGGCGUCCACAGAUGACGCUUUCGCACCAAAGGGAUGUACACUCCGGUAUCUAUCCGCUUUGGGAGGGGAAAGCGUUACACUCGCCGUCCACGUUAAGGCCCGCUUGGACGGAGCAAGACAUUGCUGACAUUGUGAGCGAGGAUGAGGGCAACAACCCAUAUGAUCAAGCUACCCGAGAAGGCAGGCAAGUUGAGAUCGCCCCUGCGUUAGCCAGAGUUAGCAUGGAGAUAAUGAGGACAGUGACCGAGAAAGGAAGGGCAUUGAUGAUUCCUGUAGGCGAUCCUGAUGAGGCCUCCAUGUUACGACAGCACAUUCAGGUAGCUGCACGCCUUGGAUGUAGACGUGCCCCAGAUGUGGCAGUCCCACAACAGCUUGGUGCUGGACCUUCUACUACACAUGUUGGAGGGACUUCAUCUUCACAUGGUGCACAUGUUGGCGGGACUUCUUCUUCACAUGGUGCAGCAACUAGUGUAGAGGGUGGUCAAGGACAUGGUCCUUAUGAUGAUGAAGGAGAACACCAGGGAGAAGAUGAUGAAGGACAGGGAGAGUACUAUGAGCAUGAGUAUGAUGAGAUUGGCAUGUCCUAG